UCCCUCUCUUGCCUAGUGUGUCCUGUCCAAACUCAUUUCCACUCAUUUGCCUGGAAUUGCACUGGUGUUUGCUUCCUGUGACCAUACAUCCACUACCUGGAUGAAAAGGACCAUCCUCUUCCCCCUGCUAUGCCUUCCCUUUCAUCCUAAAUGUCCAUCUUCCCUUGUCCUUCAAGUCCUUAGUCUAAUCCUUGAGUUCAUUGGCUCCAUUCCCCAAAUUUCAGUUGCUCAUUCUGCAUCCAGUACCAAUGGUUAAACUCUCUCUAACCACUUCCCAAACAGGAUAUCGAGGCCCUGCCCCUGAACUGAUCUGCCGCAUCCAGGGAGGACAGGUGGAGCUCUGGGUCUGUUGUGAUGAGGACCGUGGGGCAAUCUCGAGGUCGGAGGACGUGCUGCCAGGACAUGCCUGGUUGCUGAGCAGAACUGAAGAGCCAGCUGCUGAGGAGGGGCCUGGAAAGCUGGAGCCAGCAUGGGCUUCCCUGGGGAGUAUGGGUGAGGUGGAUUCCCUGACCCCAGCAACAGACCAAUGGCACAAGGGUCAGGGGAUGCUCCAAAAGCAGGAGAAUGUAGCAGUGAACAAGGUCCCGUCUCUAUUUGGGCAUUGGAGUGAAGAAGGGAAACAAGCCCAAAACAGCCCAAGGUCCAGGGAUGAAUUUGUGGUGCUGAGACACCAGAAGAGGCAGAAAGGAAAGGCCCACUGGAGAGAGACACUGCAUGCAAGGCAAGGCAGUAUGGGGGGCCUCAGAGGGAAGCAGGAGCCCACCACCAAGCGCAGGGGGAGAGCCCACUCCUGCCCUGAGUGCAGGAAAAGUUUUAGCUGCCCCUCAGUCUUGGCUCUGCACAAGAUAAAGCAUGCUGGGGAGAAGCCCCAUGUUAGCACCAAGUGUGGGAAGAGCUUGACCAGCCUCUCUGUGCAGAGGAGGCAGCAGCCACACGGCUGCACAAGGUGUGGGAAGAGCUUCAGGCAGCCCUCCAGCCUGGCCAGGCACAGGUGCAUGCACACAAGGGAGAAGCGUCAUCCUUGCUCUGUGUGUGGGAAGAGUUUCACCUGGUCCUCUGACCUGGUCCGUCAUCAGCUGAUCCACACAGGGGAGAAGCCACAUCAUUGCUCUGUGUGUGGGAAGAGCUUCGUCCAAUCGUGGAACCUGACCAAGCACCAGCGCAUCCACACAGGGGAGAAGCCAUAUCAGUGCUCUGUGUGUCAGAAGAGCUUCACCUACAUCUCCAGCCUGAAACAGCACCAGCAUAUCCACACAGGGGAGAAGCCAUUUCAGUGCUCUGUGUGUGGGAAGAGCUUCACCCAGUCCUCCCACCUAGCUGAGCACCAGCGCCUCCACACAGGGGAGAAGCAACAUCGCUGUUCUGAGUGUGGGAAGAGCUUCACCCGACCCUCCCACCUGACCCAUCACCAGCUCAUCCACACAGGGGAGAAGCCACAUCAGUGCUCUGUGUGUGGGAAGAGCUUCACCAACCGCUCCGGUCUGACCCGGCACCAGCUCAUCCACACAGGGGAGAGGCCACAUCAGUGCUCUGUCUGUGGGAAGAGAUUCACCCAGCGCUCCCACCUAGCUGAGCACCAGCGCAUCCACACAGGGGAGAAGCCACAUCAGUGCUCUGUGUGUGGGAAGAGCUUCACCUACAUCUCCAGCCUGACACUGCACCAGCGCAUCCACACAGGGGAGAAGCCACAUCAGUGCUCUGCAUGUGGGAAGAGCUUCACCAACCGCUCCAGUCUGACACAGCACCAGCGCAUCCACACAGGGGAGAAGCCAUAUCAGUGCUCUGUGUGUCAGAAGAGCUUCACCUACAUCUCCACCCUGAAACAGCACCAGCAUAUCCACACAGGGGAGAAGCCAUUUCAGUGCUCUGUGUGUGGGAAGAGCUUCACCCAGUCCUCCCACCUAGCUGAGCACCAGCGCCUCCACACAGGGGAGAAGCCACAUCGCUGUUCUGAGUGUGGGAAGAGCUUCACCCGACCCUCCCACCUGACCCAUCACCAGCUCAUCCACACAGGGGAGAAACCACAUCAGUGCUCUGUGUGUGGGAAGAGCUUCAGCCGAUCCUCCCACCUGACCCGGCAUCAGCUGAUCCACACAGGGAAGUAGCCACAUUAGUGCUCUGCAUGUGGGAAGUGCUCCACACUGUCCUUCAGGUGGGCCUAGCCCCAGCAUGUCUACACAGGGGACAAGCCACAUGAGUGCUCUGUGUGUGGGAAUAGCUUCCCCCACUCUUCCCAUAUGGUGCAGCACCAGCUUAUCCACAAAAGGGAGAAGCCAGAUCAGUGCUAUGAGUGUGGGAAGAGCUUCACCCACUCUUCCAAGCUGGCCCAGCAGCAGUGCAUCCACAAAGGGGGAGAAGCCACAUCAUUGCUCUUAGUGGAGGCAGAGCUUCACCUACUCCGGCAGCCUGUGCUGAACACCAGUGCAUCUACACAGGGGAGAAACUACAUCGGUGCUCUGAGUAUUGGAAAAGCUUCCCCCAUCUCUCCCACCUGUCCCAGUAUCAGCACAUCCACACCCAGAAGCAUCUCUAUUUCUGCCAGCCGUGCAGGAAGCCCUGGGAGAUGUCUGCCUGCUCAGCACCCACCAGUGGUGCAUUCAGACAAGCACCCUCAUGCUGGUGACCUGAACAAAGAGUUCCCCCAGGCUUUGUCCCUUGUAGGGCACAGUGGGAGUCCAGAACCCAGACACUCACCCCCAAGUUUUGAUUGUGGGGAAGGGGUAAGAAGAAACACCUCAGGCAGAGAUCAGCCCCAACGAAGGGGAGAUGAGAUUUGUUUUUUGUAAAAAUAUAUUUCUCUCUCUAUA